UUUCACUUCUUCUUUUAUUCAACCAAAGUCACUCCUUUCCUUUUCUCUCCAACCUCCUCCUUCACUUCGUUCUUAAUUCCUUUACCCACCUCACGUCGGUCUUUUCACCUUGCGAAUAAUCAACCAAGAGAGACUUCAUCGGUUCUGAACAAAUCUCCACUCCUUUACCUUUCCUGUCAUGCUGAUUUGAUCUGGUCGGACCCCUGAGGAAUUGGGCAAACAGGAAAAAAAAAUAAUAUAAAUAAAUAAAAAAUAAAAUAAAAUAAAGAGGUACAUUAUGGCUUGCUCAGCUCAAUCAGUGACCAUCGAGUCUUAUCCCGAUGAUGCUGCGGUCUCCAGCGCUUAUGCCACGCCGCCCGAGGAGACAGCCUUGCUUCGAGAUCGUCGGCGGAGGCAUUCUUUCCAUGCCGCAAGAAAACUGUCGUGCGACUACGAUGCCGAUGCAGUUUUUUUGAGGGUGGAACUUUUUCUGGCCGAAUUAGAGAGACGGCUGCAUUGGCUUGAAGACUAUCGCCGGUCACACAUGGUACAGAUCGAUGCCAGCUUACGCAGAGGUUAUGCAACGCUUGAGGCGGUUAGAGAUUCCUGCUCCUACGCCUCUGGAGAACUCAUGGGUGGAGGCAAGAAGAGGGCCAAGAUCCUAGUGGAGACGCUUGAAGACGGCUACAAGGAUGCUCUCGCAACCAAAGAGACACUGGAACAAAAGGCACAAGCGGGAGUUCGCUUGAUGGAGUCGUUCUUGUCGGAGUUGGAAGCUCGGGCGCAUGCGGUUCGAGACCGUGGCUUCUACGGCACCUUGGAUGACGGGUGGAAGGCAGUGGAUUCGAAGCUGGUCCACGCCCGCGAAGUGGUCGAUGAGGGAAUGGAACGCGCCCGGAAAGCCAAGGAUGCUCUGCGUGAGAAUAUCGACCAGGCCAUUGCGCUAGCUCAAGAGAAGCGCCUGAUUGCCUAUACGGAUCUUCCGCAUCCAUGGCGUGUGAACCCGCACAUUCUGGAAGGGUAUCGGUUCACACAUUCCAAGGUAGAAUGCUUCACGUCCAUGUUUACCUUUUCCAAUGAACUAGUCAACAUCUGGUCUCACCUGAUCGGUCUGUUCAUCGUCCUCUCAGUCGCCUUCUACUUCUAUCCUUUGAAUCCAAACUUCCACUUGAGCACCAAGACAGAUGUGUUGAUUGCGGCGGUGUUCUUCUUUGCUGCAUGCAAGUGUCUAGUCUGCAGUACUCUUUGGCACACCAUGAAUAGCAUUGCCAACCAGGGCCUGAUGGAGCGCUUCGCCUGCGUGGACUAUACUGGCAUCUCAAUGCUAGUAGCUGCUUCGAUUGUGACGACAGAAUACACUGCGUUUUACUGCGAACCCGUAUCACGAUGGACAUACAUUCUUCUCACGAUGUCCCUCGGGAUCGGUGGUGUCAUUCUCCCCUGGCAUCCAACCUUCAACCGCGCCGAUUUUGCCUGGGCUCGUGUGGCAUUCUACGUUACGCUUGCCCUAACAGGUUUCGCGCCGUUGGCACAACUUACCUACACCCGAGGCUUUGCCUGGUGUCUAUACUUUUACGCACCCGUCGUGAAAAGCAUUCUCGUGUAUUUCGUUGGGGCGUGCAUUUACGCUUCUCAGGUACCCGAACGGUGGCGCCCCGGUCUCUUCGACUACGUGGGUGGUAGCCACAAUAUUUGGCAUUUCGCCGUCCUAGGCGGUAUCCUGUUCCACUAUUGCGCCAUGCAAGACUUGUUCGCUGGCGCUUUCCAGAGAGCCAAGGGGGAAUGUCCGCACUUGACUUCCUGAAACCUCUGUUACUUGGCUUCUUUAUUGUUAUGGCUGUAUAUGACUGGAUCAGUCUUCACGCGCAUAUAGACCAUGGCUGUCGGGUUAGAUAUUUUGGAUGCCCAGUUGCCCGUUAAAUAUAGAUUUCUGCCGGAUCUCAUGUAAAACCUUGCAGUUGCAUCGAUGGAGUACUUAAACCCUUCUGGUACCCUUCAAUACCUGUCGUUCUUGUAUAUAUAUUAUUUGGAAUUUGCAGCGUUGUCUCCCGGUCUGCAUGUUAUGAUGCCCUUCGCUACCAAUCCUCUGCUUGUCUAUCCACACCAUGUGUCAGCGACCCGCCGAGAUACGACCAAAAACAAUGCAUUGCUUCAGCCUUUGUGCAUUUAUAGGGAUAUGGUGCUUUGAAGAAUGGCUUUGGAUUCUCAGUACUCGAAACUAAGGCGUUGAUUCAUGUUCAAACUUUGUUCAAAAUCUACAUGUAUAUGAACCUUACGAUAUUCUCACACUGGAAGAUGCCUCAAUUUGAAGAUUGUUUCGGAAGGA